GGCGCGGAGCCCGGCUGCUCUGGGCCCAGAGAGCGCCGCAACCGAGAGCCCGCCGGCCCCUGACAGCCUCCUCCCCCCGGCGGACGACGAAGACGACGAGGGCGCGGGUCAUGGCGGAGCAGCGAACCCAGCGCGGGCCCUGAGCACCACCGCAUGGAGCGGGACGAACGGCCGCCUAGCGGAGGGGGAGGCGGCGGGGGCUCGGCGGGGUUCCUGGAGCCGCCCGCUGCGCUCCCUCCGCCGCCGCGCAACGGUUUCUGUCAGGAUGAAUUGGCAGAGCUUGACCCAGGCACUAUUUCUGUUCCAGAUGAUCGGGCUGAACAACGAACCUGUCUCAUUUGUGGGGAUCGUGCUACAGGAUUGCACUAUGGGAUCAUCUCCUGUGAGGGCUGCAAAGGGUUUUUCAAGCGGAGCAUUUGCAACAAACGGGUAUAUCGGUGCAGUCGUGACAAGAACUGUGUCAUGUCUCGGAAGCAGAGGAACAGGUGCCAGUACUGCCGCCUGCUCAAAUGCCUUCAGAUGGGGAUGAACCGGAAGGCUAUCAGAGAAGAUGGCAUGCCUGGAGGCCGGAAUAAGAGCAUUGGGCCAGUACAGAUAUCAGAAGAAGAGAUCGAAAGGAUUAUGUCUGGGCAGGAGUUUGAAGAAGAGGCCAAUCACUGGAGCAACCAUGGUGAUAGCGACCACAGUUCCCCUGGAAACAGGGCUUCAGAGAGCAACCAGCCUUCACCAGGCUCCACGCUAUCGUCCAGUAGGUCUGUGGAACUAAAUGGAUUCAUGGCAUUCAGGGAACAGUACAUGGGAAUGUCUAUGCCUCCACAUUAUCAAUACAUACCGCACCUUUUUAGCUAUUCUGGCCACUCGCCACUUCUGCCCCCACAAGCUCGCAGCCUGGAUCCCCAGUCAUACAGUCUGAUUCACCAGCUGGUGUCAGCGGAGGACCUGGAGCCAUUGGGCACUCCCAUGUUGAUCGAAGAUGGAUAUGCUGUGACACAGGCAGAGCUGUUUGCCCUACUUUGCCGCCUGGCCGAUGAGCUGCUCUUUAGGCAGAUUGCCUGGAUCAAGAAACUGCCUUUCUUCUGUGAGCUCUCAAUCAAGGAUUACACGUGCCUCUUGAGCUCUACAUGGCAGGAACUAAUCCUGCUAUCCUCCCUCACCGUUUACAGCAAGCAGAUCUUUGGGGAGCUGGCUGACGUCACCGCCAAGUACUCACCCUCUGAUGAAGAGCUACACAGAUUUAGUGAUGAAGGAAUGGAGGUGAUCGAGCGGCUUAUCUACCUGUAUCACAAGUUCCACCAGUUAAAGGUCAGCAACGAGGAGUAUGCUUGCAUGAAAGCAAUUAACUUCUUAAAUCAAGAUAUCAGGGGUCUGACCAGUGCCUCACAGCUGGAACAGUUGAACAAGCGCUAUUGGUACAUUUGCCAGGAUUUCACUGAAUAUAAAUAUACACAUCAGCCGAACCGCUUUCCUGAUCUCAUGAUGUGCUUACCUGAGAUUCGAUAUAUUGCAGGAAAGAUGGUGAAUGUACCCCUGGAGCAGCUGCCCCUUCUCUUUAAGGUGGUGCUGCAUUCCUGCAAGACAAGUGUGGGCAAGGAAUGACCUGUUCCCAGCGCCCUCCUCAGGCCAACCACACACAGCGCCUUGGGUGGGCAGGACAGGCUGUGCAAGAAAGAGCCAGAGACCAAGAUGGAGGCUAUGGAGCAGCGUUUCCAGUUGCCUCUAUGCAAGAAGAGUUUUUGUUUGUUUGUCUGUUUUUUUAACCUCAUUUUUCUAUAUAUUUAUUUCACGACAGAGUUGAAUGUAUGGCCUUCAACAUGAUGCACAUGCUUUUGUGUGAAUGCAGCCAAUGCAUUUCCUUGCAGUUUACAGAAUGUGAAGAUGUUUAAUGUUACAGUGUUGUCAUUGUUUAGAAAUAGUUCUUUUGUAUUUGAGGGAGAGGGUGGGAUGGGGCUGAGAUGACUAUUUCAAUAAUGUUGACAAAGACGACUACCUCAAUGGAAAUGGGGGGUGAGACCAUCCCUACUUUUUCCACUUUUUCUCAGCAGACUCAUACAUUUGUCUGUCAGAGAGCAAACUGCCUUUUUCUAGCCAUGGAAUUGCCAGGUAAAAGAGCACACUGUACGGGGCAAAGUGUUCAGAGAUUUACUAAGCAAGGUUACUGAGAUGUUUGAAAUAGGGCAGAAGAUGAAGAUUGAGCCAUCUCUUUGGAAAGCAUGAAAAUUGAGAGAGUAGGAUGUAGUGACCAAAUCUGAGGCAGGUGUCCUCCUACCCAAUGAGUCCUAAGGGCAAAAGGGUUUCUAUCCUCACACCCUGCUACACCACCACUGUCAGUUUCUUUCUUUAACUGUUGACUUUUCAUUCAGGCAAAGUCCUGACCAUAAGUCAAUGCAUAGCCAUAGGACUUGCCUGCCAUCUCCCUUGGGCUCUCAGCUACCUAGUUUCCUUACCUAGAUCUACUAAGGCCUCCCUUCCUCAGACUCCUUCCCUCUUCCUUAUAAAUUUGACUUCCUAGUGCCCUUUGAAAAACCAGCUGAGCAAAAUGCCAUGUUUUGCAUCCUGGUGCCCACUACUAAUUUAUUCUUUCAUCUUGUUUUCUUCAAAGGGUAGUGGGACAAAAGUCAGACUGCUAAAAGAACAAACACUCCUCCUUUUGAAUCCCCUGUUCCUCUCCCUACCCCAUCCUACCUCACCGGCCAGGACUGAAUCUAAAAACUACACUCUCUUUUUUAAAUAGCGGGAAGGGCUGUUCACCUAUCUGCUGACCAGAAAUUUUGCUCUUAAAUACUACCCCAAGUUCUCCUAAGUGAGACCAGAUUUCUGCAGGGCCCCAGAACGGAAAGCCCAGGGCCCAGAGUAGCCCAGAUGCCCCUUACAUUAUCAGUGGCCUGGCUAACCAAGGCCUGGAAGGCUGGGGACAAAAGCACGUAGAAGGGAAGGGGGGCUUUAAACUACCUCAUGUUCCUAAGGGCCUGGAUGCUACCUCUGCAGAUAUGGCCUAGACCCCUACUUCUUUCACUACCUGCCCCACCUAGUCCUGGAAAGUGUUCCUUACUCUCUUAACGUUGGCCAGUGGCCACACCAGGUCUGUCAUGGAACUCUUUCAGGUGCUUUUCCCUUCUCUGCCUUAAUACAGCAGUUGCCCCCACCUACACCUAGGUACCUUCUGCAAGUAGUGCAGCAGACAUACCAGAUAGCUGGAUGCAUGCCUGGGUGGGCUUGAGGGGCUCACAGCACCUCUUUCUGCCUAUUUAGUCAAAGGCUGUUUGCUCUCUCCCCAACUCAGCCUAGUAAACCUACCCAGGAAGCCACCACAUCGUGUGCAUGCUGGGUAGUCUAUGUCUGAUUGUAAUUUUUUCUUUCUGGUGAAAUGUUACGGGUACCAGCAGAGUGGCGAUUUUUUUCCCUUGAUGAAUCUAAAACUCAGAGCAUUACUCCUCAAUGCCAUUCCCCCAACUGCUCUGAAGAGAAGAGACAUGUUCCUCAGGAAAAUCUUCAACUAGCAUGUUUUUCAUAUCAAUGGGAAGAUUGUGUGUGUGCAUGUGUGUGUAUAUCUGUUUAUUUUUAAGUUCACAGUGUUUUUCUUGUUUCCCUCAAUUUUCUAUUUAACCAGUUAGAUCGCAUUCUUUGGCUACAGGUCAGACUCCGAGCUGCUUUCCUCAAGAUAGGGGAGGAGGCAUAUAUCAGAAACCCCUUUUCUAAGACAGCUUCUGUUUGCAGCAUCUUUCUUUGCUUAGAUCUCCAUCUGUCAAAUUAUUAUUUUUUGAAAUUGCUUUUCAAAUUAAACGUUGUGUUGGGUGUCAAAGGAAAUUGCUCUCUGAUGAGGCAAGAACAUGUCUCUCCAAUAAUGUACUAUUAAACAGAGCAAGUUGUUAAUUUGUGGAGUGGGGGAAAGGUUCUGCAAGUUGCCAUUGUACAAAUCCAUUUUUACAAAUGUUUGCAGCAGAUUCCACAGAACAAAGAGCCCAUUCAUUGCCGAGAGCCCUGCAGAAUCUCUGAGCCAAGUGGCCGUGUGUUCCGAGCCGGAGCCUGACCUGUGGACCGCCUUUAAUGUCUUCUGUACCCAGUCCUUUAUGACGUGGGCUUUUUUUUAAACAGGGUAAAGUGAAUGUGUUGCAUUGCAAACUCAGGUAUUAUGAGGAGAAGGUAGGAGUGUAGCUAGCAGCGUGGAGACAUUAGGUCAGCCACUAGAUGUAUUUGUGAAUUUGGUUUGAAGGACACAGAGAAAGGUUGGAGGGGGAGGUUUGGUAUGUUUGUUUUUUGCUUUUCUUCCCAUAAUAUUUGGUUAACAGGUAGCCUUUUUGCUAGUGGAAGAAGAAAAAAAGUUAUGCAUGUUGUCUCUAAUUCCUCUCUCUUCUUUCCUCUCUCCGAUCUUCAGCCACCAAAAGCACUCACUUUCAGUGAGAACUUUUCCACCAUAAAAAUAUGACCCUGAAAGCUGUGUAGAAAAGGAGAAUCCCACCUCCUUGCACUGCAUUGAAACAUACAAGCUUUUCCUUUCCUUUUUAAUGUUUUUUUGACCCAAGACAAAAGUUUGGAAUCUUGGAACUUCAUCUAUAAUUCAUGCUCUCGGCUCCCUUUGUAGACUUUUGGAGUCCUUUGCAAGGUUUGGUGGUCUUGCCCUUAGGUUCUGGGGAGUUUUUCCAGACUAUCUCAAAGCACUCCACCUGGCUCAGAGGACACUCAGCCAUGCCUGACCCACAAGUGAGGUGGGCAAGCCUCCAGUGAUAGAAGGAAGCAAGCAGGAACCUCCCUGUCCUGUCUCCAGAACAAGAGCAAGGAUAGGGGGAACCCGUGGGCUCCAUGGCAUCACUUAAAGUCACCCAUUCUACACCGACCUGCCUCUCACCUGUAUCCCCUUCUCAGGGAAGUAACUGCCAUGAUCAGUGUCACCAGAUCCUUAAUACCCUGGGCUCUCUGAGCUAGCUGCAUUGCUCUACUACCCACUUCCUACAUUUGUUUGUUCUUGAUUUCCUGGGGGAAUGGGACAGAUGGAGAUAGACAAACCUAGUGUGGGCAGCCUCUAAGCCAUGUCCAAAAUUGGCCAAAGUAAGGGGAUUCUGGCCUAGUAGGGCAGGAAGCUGAGCAGUGGUUCCAAGUCUUUAGCUCUGGGCCCCUGAUCUAUGUCUUUUUUCAUUGUUGCUUUUAAAAUUUUUACAAUUGUUUUAAGAAAUCCAGUCUUUCAGACUAGUCAUUUUAUUAAACUUUGAAUUUUUCUUUAUUGAUUUUUUAAAACUUAAAAAAAAAAAAAACAUACAAAAAAACUACAAAAAACCCCAUUACUCUUAUUCCCAUCCCUCCCUCUACUCCAAUCCACAAGAGUUUCCCUGCACUCCCCUCUGCCUUUGCAAUUGAUCAACUUACCUUUUUUCUCAGCUUGAGGAAUCUAUCUCCAGUGUUCGUGAAAUGAUGUUUUAUCUGUGUCUCAGGAUGAAAAACGGCAAUCAUUCCACCAGGUGCUGGAAACUGGUUAGCCUUGAGGCAAGGGUUUCUAGGGCCAUAGCUCAGGGAUGUGUAUUUAAUUACAGGGUCCCCAGAAACUCCUCUCUUGGCUGCCAUAAGCAACAUCUUUUCCAGGCUGGACCUGGACUGUUUCCUCAGAGGUGGGAGUGCCAGAAAGCCUGCUGAUUCUGGGAGCAAACUGGUGCUUCCUCUUUGGCCAGACCUGGGCUCCCUUGAGGCUUGAAGACUUCUGGCAAUCCUGCGUCAUGAGCCAUGGUGGCCCUGCCUCUGCCAGCUCAUAAGAAACCAGGUCCUUCUGUCCAGUCCAGUCUUCAUCUGGCCUCCCUCUUCUGGGCCUGCAACUAUAAAUGGGCCACAGCCUGCUCAGGUAUCAACUGUAGGCUCAAAGGGAAGCUGUGAGUAAGGCCAGAGCACAUUCCAAGCCCAAGAAAAAAAGUUGUGUUACUGGUAGAGGCUACUCUUCCAAAUCCUGGAGCCAGCCCUGCCAUCUUUGCCCUUUGGUGACCACUGAUUUCUUUCUCUCAAAUGUCGUAAUAAGUGAUAAUGUUGUUGACUCAAAUUUCCAUGAAAAAGAAAAAAAAAACUACCUCUUGAAUGACAUCCUGGUCCGAUUCCUCUCUGAGGAAUCCUGUGGGAAAAGAACAAUGUAGCUCCUGCUCUGUUUACAUGUUACUGUUGGGAAAGAAACCCCGCCUGCCCUGGGGUGUUGGUGUUUUUGUCUGAAUUGCCAUCCCAGACCUGCGAUAGGGGCUUGUGGCUGCACUGUAAUGUCUGGGCUGUGUCUAGGGAUUCCUUCUCACCUACCCAGCCAGGGACUAGCCACCCCCUUGAAGAGACCUCCAUUUCCUUCCUAUGUUCCAAGGCAUAGGGAACACCAUCUCCCACAAACACCACCUUUAAGGGCUCUGGUGGCACAUGCAUCCAUGAGCCUACCCCUAGGCUACCUCCCAUAGGUCCACCUCCACCCACAGUCCUGUGGAGGAAUCGAGUAAACGGAUGUCUCUGAGCCCUUGUCCCCAAAGGGCCGGCCAAGGGAUGCCUGCCAGCCUGGCUCCAUCAACCCUGCGUGACCAAAUGAUAGUUGGUGGGCUCUGCAGGCUACCUAGGCCCUCUGCUACCUCCCACCCUUGCCAGCCCAUCCCAGCUGGCAAGGGAUGGGCCCUGUUCUGUGAAUUGACUACCUGUGGAAAUGUGACCAAUUAGUGUGAAAUGCAUGUUUAGCAAGUGUUAGGUACUGUAUUUGAACCAAUAAAUGUGAAUCCUUCUGCACA